AUGCUGCUUCCAUCUGCUAUUCCCUGCGAUGUGCGCCGGUCGUCUCGCUUCACUCCCAGCCGUCUUUUCUCGACUCCUCCUCCCUCAGACAGAGGAUACUCAUCUGGCAAUGGCCUUCUCGGUACCUGCCGCGCACUGCAAUCAAUGUUACAUGGAUCUCCGAGCCCAUCGCCCCGCCGAUCCAAGCCUCAACGCCUCCAAAGUCCACUUCCCAUCAACGCUCCGCGCCGCUCACCGCGGACGCGCAACAAGGUCGCACGACCUGCAUCACCACGACAAACCCCUCCUCCAAUCACACUCGCUUCCACACCACCACCACCUCCAUCUGCGCCAUCGCGCGGUGCCAACAAGCGCCGCCGAUCAUGCGAGGAUGACGACAGCGACUCGGACAUGGGCAGACGUAAUCGUUUUACCACACCCAAACGCCGUCGGCAAGCCCCCUACAAUUUGCCGCUCGGCCUCUCUUCAACAGACUUCUAUUCCCUACACUCUCCUCCUGUCACGCAAUCCCCUCCUUCUCCUGCCCAGCGCCUGAUCGAUGUGCGCAUUCAAGAAUCUGCGCCCAUCAAUCCAGAUGCGCCUCUUCCUUCAAUCGAAUUGGAAGAAUCUACUCCAGCAUCAUCUGAUUGGACUGCCGAAGAAGACCAACAACUCAUGGAUUUGGUCCUUGAAAAAUUCCGACUCUCCCAACAAGAAUGGGAUGAGUGUGCGCGCCGAAUGGGCCGCAGCAACCAGGCUGAUUUGGGCCAACGAUGGAACUCUCUCGUUGGAGAGGGUCGCGUUGGCCUCCGUCCGGCCCGCCGAUAA